AUGCCGGAUGUAUUAGAACCUCCACAAUGGCCACUUUUCGUAUUUUAUGGAAUGUCAAUCGUAUCACUUCCACUCUAUAUUCUUGUAUUUGCAUGUCUUUUGAGACUUCGAUGUGUCUCAAAUACAUACAAUACAACUUUUUAUUCAAUUUUAUUACAACAUUGUAUCGCUGAUCUUCUCGCCAUGCUAGUUUUCUUUGUAGCAGUUGAUGCCAGAUCGUAUUCAUUUUUGAAGGAAUUUUAUUUUGAAUAUCAGCAUUAUUAUGUUGCGGCGGCAAGCUACAACAAUAUCUACUACUUUCUGUACAUUCGAUGCACUGGGAUCAUAUUUUUAUCUCUUCAAAGAUAUUUAAUCAUCACUGCCCCAACUUCAAGGAUAACUCAUAAAGUUCAAAACGCGUCAAAAUUGCAAAUAAUAACCGUUUACUGGUCGGUUCCAACAAUAAUCAGUAUUGUUGUACUCAAAGAUUACAAGUUUUCAUAUGAUAAUUUAGAAGCCAUGUCUAUUAUUGCAGAACAGGACGUUAUCAAGAGAAACACCUUAAUGGCGCUUAUUGUUGUGAGCUUGACAUGUAUAUUGUGCUCCGUGCUCUAUGGAUCUCUGUUCUACUAUAUACGGAAACAUACUGCUGGAUUGUCAAGAUCCCUCCGCCGAGAAGUUCAUUUGGCUUUCCAAGUUUUUGUUCUGCUCCUCGCAUUCUUUGCCAUUCUUGUGUAUUACUCAUUUCAAAAUUAUUUUUCACAAACUCAAAAUACUGGCCCAAUAUUCUACAUGCGUGCUCUGUACCCAAUUGCAAACGGACUUCUCUCCUAUAUCAAUCCGUUUUGCAUUCUUUUUUUGAACAAGGAUUUGGCAUUUCAAGUGACAAAAAGUUUGACUUGUAGCAAGCUGAAAGUGAGCGAGGUCCACGUAUCUGUGAUCCCAUCGAAUUCAAAUAAGCAAUCAGAUGGGCAUCGAAAAGUGAUACAUCUGAAACCAGCAAGAAUGGAAGAAUCUACGACAGUUCAUCCUAAUCAAGUGUUUUUGUGAAAAGAUCUACUUUGAAAAUAGAACUUUAAUGUGAAUUUAUUAAUACAAAUAGAAUAUUCAGAACAGGUGUGCGCGGCAAUUUUUUUUUCGAAAAUUGCUCUAGUUUUUUCCUAUAAUGUUCAAUUUUCAGACAGUUUUUGAGCAGUUUUACAUUUGUUCUAAGUAAAAUAAAAUGUAUUUUUAGUUA